AUGAACGCCAAAGGACAAAUCCCUACCGCAAAUCCAAGCGUAAUUUUCUCUCACGAUAACUGUUUCGAUUCAUUUCUCUCAAAGGAAGUUUUCAAUCAUCUGUUUCCGAUUGCAGACAAUGCAAACGGAAAUGAAUCCCAAUUACCCUAUAUCAGUGUAAUGGUGCAAGGGUAUGACAAAUUUACACACUCAAAGGUACUCAAAUGCAGCAUAAAAGACCAAUUACCUCCUGAUACCGUAGAACUUCCUUCUAAGGUUUUUCGUGUUACAAAGGGCCAACCGACCAUUGAUAACUGUCAAAUAUGGCCCUAUAGGAAUAUCUUGCCAGUUAUUCAAAACCUCGCGAUAUCCUUGAGGCCAACUCUAUACGAUCAGCUAUUGAGUCUCGGUACAUGUGAGGAACAAGUGAAGUAUAUUCAGCUGAAAUGCCGAAUUGAGAACAAAGUAUCAGUGAUCCACUGUGGCGAUGUUCUUUGGGAUUCCUGGUGCCGUGUCAUAGACUGUUCGGAUCAAUUCCAAGGUGUUCUUGAUACCAAUUGUACAAAGAUCGUUCUGGUUUGUGAUGAUCACGCCACCCAAGAAAGCUGCGAACUGCCGUACUAUACGAAGAGCUUGCACUUGGCACAAGCUAAUAGAAUUAGUCUUAGGAUUGGAGGGUUGUCCCGCCCGAUAGACAAAAAUUUGUUGACUCCCAUUCCUUCGGUUCUGGAGGACGAUUCGAUGUUUGUCUUCUCUGAUGCUCUAAGCUUGUUGCGAUUAGGCGUUUCAAGCGGUUCCUACGUAAGAAUCAGCCAAGCAGACGUUUCUCGUAUUGCUAGAUUGUUUGUGCUUUUAUCACCUAACGAAUUGGAUGCUACGACGCUUUAUGCGUGUCCUAAAUUCAUUGCGAAUUUCAAAGAUUCAGAAGAAAUAGUUAUGGAAAAAUGGUCCUUUUCACCUAGAAAAAUUCCAGUAGCUGCGUCUGUGUCUCUCGCACGAGUUGGAAGCUGGAAUAACUGUCAAAAGGUUUACGAAAGCAUAAUUUUAGACAAUUUGACAAAGUAUUUGACAAGUAAAAGCCGUGUGUUAGAGGUAGGUGAUCUUCUUCCUAUACCUUUCGAUUCAAGCCUUGCUCCUAUGUGCUCGGUUCAGUUGAGAGAACUCGAAUUUAGCUCGGAGAAUGAUUCUAUUGUUUGGUUUGAGGUAAGUAAGGUUAAUUUCGAGGAUUCAUCGAUUCUUAGUGGACCAUUUACAAUUGAUAGCGCUCAAACUACCUUAGUAACAGAAAAUGUUGUCUCUAAAUCACCGAUGCCCAUAACGAAUUGCAAUUUUAUUUCAUAUUAUAACUUUCAUGCUCCGUUUCCUUUUGACUCGCCAUCAUUUGAUUACGCAUCUAAGUUUUUGCAGUAUGUUAGAGUUGGUAUUAAGUGUUAUAAACGAGGAAUUAAAAUGCCAUCAACUAUUCUCCUUCACUCCUCUACUCCCAACGUUGGAAAAAGAACUCUGGUUAAACAUACAGCACUUAGGGUGGGUAUUCAUUUUGCCGAAAUUGAUUGCGCAUCGAUAAGUAUUCUACCGGGGGCUGCCGAUACCACGAAUAAAAUAAUAGGGUUUUUGAAGGCUAAACUUGAACCACUUCUGCCGUUUGCCUCACCUUCUAUAGUUUUACUUUCACAUUUGGACUCUAUCUUGGAAAAGGAAGAUGCUCAACAAGAUCCUAGUGGCUCCAAAAAUGCCAAAGCUUUGAGUAUUCAAUUGGGAGAAUUCAUAGAAAAUACCUGCAAGGACUUUACAGGUGUCAUUAUAGUCGCUUCGGUGAAUGAUAUAGAAAAACUGCCCGAAAGCGUCAGCACCAAGAUGAGGUUUGACCUGCAGGUCCCUGUUCCCACUGAGAGACAAAGGCUAGAGAUAUUCAAAUCACAAUUAUCAACUUCUGAGUUAAAUUACGGUGGCUCCAAAGAAUUCAGAUUUUGCGUUGGUCAGAAUGUAAUAACCUCUAAACUUGCGUUGAAAUCUGCCGGUCUUACACCGAAAGAUAUUCAUUCGAUCAUACAUGUCGCUAAAGCUACUGCUUUCCGUAGGUUAGUAAAAAAAGGUGAUUUUUUUGGCGAGUACAUGCUUGCAGGCCAUUUUAUUCCUGUAACUGAUAUUGACUUGUCAGACGCAAUUGAACGGGCAAGGGCUGAGUUCUCAGACGCCAUAGGUGCGCCUAAGAUUCCAAACGUCACCUGGGAUGACAUUGGCGGCAUGGACAUCGUUAAAGGCGAAAUCAUGGAUACUAUUGACUUACCACUAAAGCAUCCGGAACUUUUCUCCUCGGGAAUGAAGAAAAGGAGCGGUAUCCUAUUUUAUGGUCCUCCUGGAACUGGUAAGACUUUAUUAGCAAAAGCGAUCGCGACGAACUUUUCGUUAAAUUUUUUUAGUGUUAAAGGGCCCGAGUUGCUGAAUAUGUACAUUGGGGAAUCAGAAGCUAAUGUUCGUAGAGUCUUCCAAAAAGCUAGGGAUGCGAAACCAUGCGUGAUUUUUUUUGACGAGCUGGAUUCUGUAGCCCCGAAAAGAGGCAAUCAAGGAGAUUCAGGCGGAGUUAUGGACCGAAUUGUGUCACAGCUGUUGGCGGAAUUGGACGGUAUGAGUACAGGAGGUGAUGGUGUAUUUGUGAUAGGGGCUACAAAUAGACCCGACCUUCUUGAUGAGGCACUACUUCGUCCAGGACGUUUCGAUAAGCUACUUUACCUAGGUAUCUCUGAUACAAAUGAAAAACAAGAGAAUAUACUGAAAGCUCUCACUAGGAAAUUUAUGCUUGGGAACGAUGUGAAUUUAUCGAUGCUCGCUAAUGGUUGUCCUUUUACUUAUACCGGUGCUGACUUCUAUGCACUAUGUUCUGAUGCUAUAUUAAACGCCAUGACUAGAACAUCUAAUGAAAUUGAUAGUAAAGUGGACGAUUACAAUCUCCAAAAUGAUAAAAUUGUUUCUCUUCGCUAUUGGUUCGAAAAAGUUGCUACUCAAGAUGAUCUUAAUGUUAUUGUAAAGAUGCAAGACUUCCUAAAAGCAAGAAAUGAACUGAUACCUAGUGUAUCGGAAGAAGAAUUGAAGCACUAUUUGCGAAUCAAGGCCAAUUUUGAAACAGCCUAA